AUGGAUGGGGAGGAUAGUUUUGUGGCUCUGGUCCAUUGCUCUGGAAAAAUUCAAAAGAGCAAAAGGCAUGGUGUGAAAUUCACAAAUAGAGAACCGGUUAGUAUUUUUAUCCGAUCUUCGAGUACAUCGGCAGAGAUUAAGCUCAGCAUACUACAAAAGCUCGGUACCUGUGGGACCAAGCUGGUAAAAAAGUUAUUUUACAAUAUUCUCAUUACCGUUGUGUCAACUAGUGUGAGAUAUGAGACCUUUGUGAUAGGGUCUGAUGAAGACUUGCAGGUCUUGUUUCACUGCAGGUGUAGUUUUCCGGAGGUGAGGAUACCUGAGCUGUUUGCGAAGUUGGAAGAUCGUGUGGAUAGCUCCGGGGCAUCGGCACCGGAUCCUCAGUCGACCACAGUCGGUGGUGCCUCGACAUCAAUGCCUGUGGUAGCAGCGGCAGUUCUACCUCCCGAGCCCAAACGUGCUGGGGCUGUUCAUGCAAGUGUGUCUCAUUGUGUGCCUGAGGUUGAGUUUGAGGUCGGACCGGAUCGAGUUGAGAAUGCGCUGUGUGAUGAUGAUUCCGAUGAGGAGCCGGUCGAUAUUGGUGGGGACAGUGAUGAUGAUAUACCAAGAGGUACACAUACAACACAUGGAGGUUCCGGUUCUGGAACACAAGAGUACCCUUCCCACCUGUCGUCUUUGAACUUGGAAGCCAUCGGCCAACACCAGAAUGUAGAGGCAACAUUCAAUGGGCAGGGUAUGCAUGAUGGGACAGGUUUGACUGAAUUUCAGAUUGGCCAAUCGUUCCAGAGUAAGGAGGAAGCUGUGCUGAGCGUAAAAGAUUACAGCAUUUGGCGUGGAGUUGAGUACAGGGUUAUGGAAUCAGACAAUCUAAAAUACCAAGGGAGAUGCAAGGAGUUCGGUAACGGUGCACUUGGUUGA